UGUCCUCUCAGAUUACAAGGUGGAGGUGGAUUCAGGGGUGGAGUCGGUCCUGCUGCCCUGGAGAACCAUAGUUCACCUGCCUAAAGAUGCUAGAGUGGAGUGGAGGGAUUGUGAUGGUGAUAAGGUCCAUGUGUAUGAGAACGGUUCUGAUCAUCCUGAACAACAGCACCAGUUCUACAGAACCAGAACCAAGAUGAAUGAAGACCUGCUGAGAACUAAAGACCUCAGUCUGACUCUGAAACAUCCCACAGAUAAAGACAGUAACAUCUACACCUGCAUCGUCUCCAGCAGGAAGGGAAACAUCCUGAUGAAGAAACAAGUUGAUCUCUGGGUCAAAGUCCAACAGGUGGAGGUGGAUUCAGGGGUGGAGUCGGUCCUGCUGCCCUGCAGAACCAUAGUUCACCUGCCUGGAGAUGCUAAGGUGGAGUGGAUAGACAAGGAAAGAGAUAAGGUCCAUGUGAAUAAGAAUGGUUCUGAUUUGCCUGAAAAACAGAACCAGUUCUACAGAACCAGAACCAAGAUGAAUGAAGACCUGCUGAGAACUGGAGACCUCAGUCUGACUCUGAAACAUCCCACAGAUGGAGACAGUAACAUCUACACCUGCAUCGUCUCCAGCAGGAAGGGAAACAUCCUGAUGAAGAAACAAGUUGAUCUCUGGGUCAAAGACUGUCAGGUGAAGGUGGAGGAGGGGGCGGAGUCUGUCCUGCUGCCGUUCACAACAACACCUGAUCUGCUGGGAGAUGCUAGAGUGGUGUGGUGGGACAUUAAAGAGAGGAAGGUCCAUGUGUUUGAGAAAGGUUCUGAUCAUCUUGACGAACAGGACCAGUUCUACAGAAACAGAACAAAGAUGAAUGAAGACCUGCUGAAAACUGGAGACCUCAGUCUGGUUCUGAGACGUCCCACAGAGAGAGACAGUGGAGAGUACAGAUGUAGAGUCUGGAGGAAGGGAGAACUGCUGAGAAGGAAAACAUUUCAGCUCGAAGUCAAAGCAGCAACAGUUCAGGUCCAGGACCAACCAGAGGAGAUCAGGACCAGAACCAGCUCCACUGAUCCGACUCCUCUGAUGGCUGAACAUCAAGUCUGAUCAGUUUGUUGAUCCAUCUUUGAUUACUGAUCCAAUCUGACUUUGGAUCAGAGAGAAGAUCUCAGUGAAGGUUCUGAUGGAUCAUCAGAGGAACUGUUAUGGAUGUAUGAUUCUGUGGCCUUUCUAAUCAUCUCUUUUCUUUCUUUUCUUUGCUGCCUGUGUCUGAGCUGGAGAACCAUUUUAUGAUGACUGGUUCUGGUUUUAAAUGGACCAGUGAGUACUGGUGUCUUUCUGGAGAUGAUUGUGAAGACAACUUUAAAUGGACCCUCCUCUCUGAUGGAGUCAGUCAGAGAAAUAAUUCCCUGCUGAUCCUGUGAGGUCUUCUCCUUAAACACCUCCACACACUCUGGUUCUGGUCCUCUGAUGGUUCUGGUAAAAACAUGCUGCAGCGUUUCUCUGCCCGGAUCAGAACCUGGAGGGAAACUGAUGAAGUCAUUAAUAAAGUCCAGUGAGAUUCAGACGUCCUGGAUCAGUGUUCUGGUUCCUGAGUGGUCCGAUGCUUUGACUGGAAGAGGCUGUCUGCAGAACCUGAACCUCAUCCAUGGAUUGGGUUUGGAUCAGCUGUGGAGCUACGCUCACUGGCCACUUUAUUAGGGACCCCUGUUGAUUGGCUCGUUAACACAGUGAAGUGAAAUGAAUUGUUAUGAUGGAGAUGAAGAACCACCCAGAACCCUCUGUCCAGAUGUUCUUCUGCCAGGUGAUCCAACCUGGACACACAGCUGCAGAUGAACCUGAGGACGUCUGUGGAGGACAGGACUCUGAGAGCUGGAGGUCUGAUGUGUUUAAGAUGGAGAGAAACGGUGGGAUUUAUUAAUGCUGCAGUCAGAACAGCAACAGAUUUAACAUUUGAACCCAAUCGGACCCAGAAAUCUGACCCAGCACCAGCCUGAACCUCCUGAGGAACAACCUCUCCAUCAUUAUUUUCUCAUCAACUCAAAUCCAGAUGAGGAAAAAUAUGAAAACUGUUUACUUCAAGUUAAUAAUUUGAAUGUUUUGACCAAAGAAAACCUGUAAAUAUUUUGUGCCUUUAGGGUUUAUUUCAGGUCCAGUUUGACUGAUCCUCCAGAACCAUGUUAGAACUUGUUCUCCUCAGUGUGACGAUGCAGCAGAGAGAGAUGGUUCCAGUCCUGAUCAACAGCAGCUCACAUGUUAAAUAUUAGUUCUUCUAUCCAGGCAGCCAUUAGUCCAGGUUUUAAACUGCUAGCAGC